UUUUAUAAUCUAUCUCCUACAACGUAAAAAAAUUAAAUUUUUAAAUCAUCUACACCAAAAACUUCCCCUUUCGAUAAGGGAGAUAUAUAACAGUGGUUUGUAACGUUAUGGCAGCUGCACAAUUUAUCCUACUCUGAGAGACAGUCUUCCAAUUUAAAAAAUGUAUUUAACCACCAUAUCUAAGGUGCUUUUGUUGUGUACAUUUGUGGUCUCCAUAAGUUGUAAUGACGGAGAAUAUUAUUGGAGACCAUGGACCGCUGGAUCCCCACCCUCAGACGCUGUCACUACACGAGACUACAGAGGCGUAUCUUACAUAGUCGAGGCCUACGUUCCAUAUUACGGACUGUUCAUCGGCCAAGUUUUCGCAAAUCAGCACAGAGUAAAUGUUUCAGUUCCUAGCUCAUCCAAGACCUCGGAUUUUGUCAUACAAGACAGCCGAUAUUUGAAGGUCUUAUGUACUCAAAACCUAGAAAAACUGGCGUGGUACCCCACACACUACAACACUAUUCAUAACGAGCUGGUGACGGCGGUAGUCAGUCCAGUUCUUGGUGGGAUUAAUGUUAACGAUAAUUUGGUAUAUAUUGGCAGAAUCGUGGAUUUCAACAAAAGAAUUGUAAUUCUUGGAAGCGUAGUUGAAGACAACGUUCUGCAUUACCAUUAUAGUGGUGAAGCUUACACUCAGAGGUAUUACGAGAUUCUUGUUAUAGGCAGUAAAUGUUCAUCCGAUUAAAUUUCUGGUGAUACUGUGAUGAUACUGCUGUUUUCUGAAUAUUUUUCUUUAAGUUUAAUAGUAAUAAAAGGUGCAAAU